GGCUGAUGUCCAUUUUCCUGACUGCCUAGGUAGGAAUGGAGGGUGAGGUUAAAGAGGUGGCUCUUUCCCACUUUGUCUGGAGAUCGAUAGAGGUUAGAUUAUUUAAUUUUGAUUCUUACUUCAUCUUGACUUCUUCAACUCUUUUCCAACUUCUUGAUCAGAACAAAAUCUACCGCAAAAAUGGCAAUCACGCUCUAUGAAAUCACCGUCCCGGUCUUCAUCAAGAACCUGAAGACUCUGUCGAAGUGUCUCGAGAAGGGCGUUGCGUUUACGAAAGAUGAUGGUGCGAAGAUUAGUGAGGCGGGGUUGGCGGAGAGUAGGUUGAUUGAGGAUAUGGGGAACUUGGUUUACCAGAUUCAACGUGUAUCGGACACCGCAAAGGGUCUAGCUCAGCGUAUUGGUGGCGUUGAACCCGUUGUCUUGGAGGAUAAUGAGAAGACGUUCCCAGACCUGUUUACCAGGAUCCAGAAGACUAUCGAGGUUCUUGAGGGUGUGAAGCCCGAGCACAUCAACGCUCAAGAAGAAGCGGAGGUUGUGAUGAAGACUCGGUCUGGUGAGACGAAGUGGAAGGGAAAGGACUACGCACUCACUUUCGCCAUUCCCAACUUCUUCUUCCAUGUCGUCACUGCGUACGCGUUGUUGAGAAAAGAGGGUGUUCCAGUCGGAAAGGCUGAUUAUUUGGGACGCAACUAGGUUUUAGUUGCUGUUCAACGCUGAGUUCCUGAGAUAGAUGGCGAGGAAAAGGUUCUUGCAAGGAAUUAAAGUCUUGAAAUCCCCAUUUGACCUGCAAUCUGCAACGUUCUUAGAGGACAGGAAUACACUUAGCCCAUUUCCUAUGUGUCAACUGCAACCCACCACUUCUGCCUCCAUCCGUCAACAAAGUAGC